AUGAAAAAUACAACACCUAACAGAAGAAUCAAUAAUGAAUCUUAUCAAUAGGAUGCUAAUGGAAAAUAAAACCUAGAAUAGUCGAAAAAUAGCCAAAUAGUAACUUAACAAGGCUAUACAGAAUUUUUUUCUUGGGGAAAUGACGAGAAUGGUUAACUAGGACAUGGUUAGGAAGAUGCUAAUCGAAAGAAAAUCUUUAAUCUACCAAAAAGCUUGAGUUUUGAAGUACUGAUCACUCAAGUAGCCUGUGAACAGGGUUAUGUAUUCUCUUUUGGAAGUAAUACUGAUGGAUAGCUAGGAGUUAACGACCAUGCAAUUAAGUUUUCAACCGCUCCAUUAUUAGUUUCUGACUUGAUAUCAAUGCAAACUACUCCAGUUCAGAUUUCUUGUGGUGGUUAUCAUACAGCAGUAUUGACUACAGUUGGAGAAGUAUUUGUAUGGGGUAGAAAUCUUUAAGGCUAGUGCGCCAGGUCAAUAAACUACAACUAAUUUUUGUUCACACCACAUAAACUUCACACGGACACUCCUAACAAAACAUUUAGAAGUGUUGAUUGUGGUGAUUAGCAUACAGCUGUAAUUUCUAAAACAGGAGAAUUAUUCACUUUCGGAGACAACAGUGAAGGCUAGUUAGGAUUAGGAAUUGAAUUCAAAAAUUCGAUAGAUAGAGCUGCAUUAGUAACUAACAUCUCAGAAGAAGCUAUUCAAGUUUCUUGUGGAUAUAGACAUACUCUUGUAUUGACUGAUUAAGGGACUGUUUUCUGUAUGGGGUCAAAUAAAAAAUUUGAGUUAGGAAACUUGAAUUUAUAAAAAUCAUCUCUUCCAAUUAGAGUCAAGACUCUGGAUAUGUUUAAAAUAGAGAAAGUUUAUGCAGGUGGAUUCUCAAUAGCCAUUACAAAUACUAAAGAAAUGGUAGUUUGGGGUUCAGGAGAUUUUGGAGUGAUAUAAUAACCGCAGAAAAUAUUCAUUGAAGAUGUUCAAAUUGCUGAAAUAAGCAUUAGUAAAAAUAUUGAUUCAUUUGCAGCAGUAAUAGAUUCAAACGGAUAUGUGUAUACCUGGGGUGGUAAUCAAUUUGGAUAGCUUGGACAUGGAGAUUUCAGACUAAGAAAACUUCCUACUAAGGUACAUUAAUUAAGGAAAAAGAAAGUUAGAUAACUAGUUUGUGGUGGAGGCUUCGUAGUUGCACUAGGAAAGGAUGUUCCAGAUGGCACAAAGUAAAAGCAAUCAAAACAUAAAGAAUCAAUUCCAGAGCAAUAAUAAUUAUCAGAGCAACCAUCAGCAAGGUCUAGAUCUUAAGUUACUUUUGGUGGUCGAACUUAAAAUCCAUAAAACUCAUCACUUAGAAGGAAAAAGAAUCCUGAACUAGACAAGUCUCACUUGACCACUAUUGCUGAAUCUAAUGCAAGGUCUACUAUUUAAGUUAACAAUGAAUCUAGACAUUUACAUCAUAGUCAGGAAAAUAAUAGAUUCUCACCAGCUAGAUAUUAAAGAGAAUAGCCUAUAUCAUAGAUGCCAAAUAGUCCUCCAAAUGUUGAACGCAAUCAUUUUGAGAAUUAGAGAACUGUUAAUGAGCUUUCAGUUGAGAGAUAGAAGAGAAUAUAUCUUGAAAGAGAAGUUAAAGAUAAAGAGUAUGAACUCUAAGGUAUGAAGCAAUAGUCAUAAUUAAUAAAUGACUUGCAGUAACAGUUAUUAAUGUACAGAAAAGAGAAUGAAAUAGCUAGAGACACUUUAGAGAAAGAAUAGCAAAAUUCAUUUAAAUUGGUAUCAGAUGUCCACAAAACCAUUUCUGAUAAUAAACUCUUAAGAGAAGCACUUGAUGAUAAAUAAAGAGAAAUACAUUUACUCUAAGUAGAAAAUUAAAGAUAGGUCGAACGAACAAGAGAAAUUGAAUAUGAAAACGACAAGCUAAAACAAAAUUCUAAUUAUAUAGUGUCAAAAACUGAAUAGGAUCUAAUUUAACUACAAAAUUUACUUUCAAAGUGUGAAGAUACUAUUGCUCAUUAGAAAAACCAUAUUAUGGAUCUUGAAAGAUAGCUACUUAAUAAAAUUGAGCAAUAGAAAAAUUCUGAUAUUAAAUUUGAAAAGCAGCUUGUCGAGAGUUCUGAUUCUAAGAGACUCGUUAUUAAUCUCAACGAAAAAGUAUAGCAACUUGAGUAUUAGGUUGAUACCUAAUAAAAGGAAAACGAUGACUUAAAAUAUGAUAAUACUAUUCUAUAUGAUAAAAAUGUUUAAAAGGAUGAGAGAAUUAUCCACUUAAACAAUUAAAUCGAAGACCAAAAAGCCAUUACUGAUCAAGAAAGAGCUAAGCUCGCUGCUGCAGAACAGGAUAAGCAAUACUUAUAAUAAAAGAUAAGAGAUCUUGAAGAUCAACUUAUGAUAUAAUAAUCAAAAGCUGACCAAAGAGACAAGAAUAUAGAUGAGUUAGUUAGGGAAACUGAUAGAUUAAGACAUGAAUUAGAGAAUUAGAUAGUGCAGAGAGAUGUUAGCAAUGACAAUCUAAAGAGAGCAUUUGAUGAAAAACAUUACGAAAAUGAACAUCUAAGACAUAGUCUGAAUUCUAAAUAAGAGGAAAUAUAAUCUCUGAAUAGGGUACUCUAAGAAUAAAAUCAGCAGAGUGCUGAUCUAGCAGAUACAAUUAGAAAACUAGAAAAUACUAUUAAGGAUGUAGAGGAUAAAAACAGAAAGUUAGUAGAUUUAUUGAACUCUAGCAUCUAUAACAAAGCAGAAUAGUACAAGGAAAGAGUAUUAAGUAAAUUGCAAGAGAGAUCUACUCCAGGAACAGCGGUAACACCAAAUAAAACCUCUGGAGGAGGGAGUCUUAUAAAUCCUGUCCAUAUUAAUGCUGAGGUAUCUGACUUCAGACAUGACUAAGCUCCUAAUAAUUAAAACAACCUGCCUUCUCCAUUAAGACUUAAAAAAAUCAUGGCUGAUGAGCAAGAAUAGGUCUUAAAGGAUAGAGAAAGAUUAAUGAAAAUGGCUGAGGGUCUCACAAAGAACCAUGAUUUAUCUAAAUCUCAAGGCCCUUCAACUAUAUCUCAGAAUAAUGACUAUCGACAAAGCAUUGCAAGAUUCGCCUCUCCGUUCUCAACUCAUAAUGAUUCAACAAUAAAUCAAAGCAGAUCAGUUCAUUUUGACAAUAAUCUAAACUUAAAUUCUAAAUUUAACGGGGUCCCUCAAGCAGAGCCUUAGAUGGAAUCAUUAAAUGCUAGAUUAAGAUUCUCUGAAUUGGGAAGUUUUGGAAACCUCCCAAAUAACAAUAAACAAGCAAAUGAACAGGCAAGUCCUUAAAGAAUAGCAGAUAUUUUGAAGCAAUCCUCUCCACUCAGGUAAAAAAUAUCAUUAGGUUCAAUGAGAGACAGAUAAAAUCUUGAUGAAAGUAGAUUAAAUGAUCAUACUCCUAAUAAAUCUCUGUCCAAGAAAAGUAUAUUUGAAGAUGAAAAUGGCAGCAUGACAGCUUCUAAAAUAACACAACAAGAAAAAGAUGAACUUGCUGAGAGACUUAGUAGAUAUGAAUCUAAUAAACUUAGACAAUGA